UCUCGUUCCUGUUUCCCAUCACACCCUCCUGCUCUUCAUCUUGGUGGAAGAAUGGCUCCUAAAAAAGCUGAACCGAAGAAGGAGGCAGCAAAGCCAGUACCCCCUCCUGAACCAGAGAAACCCAAGGAGCCUCAGUUUGACCCAAAAAGCAUCAAGGUUGAGUUUACAGCUGACCAGAUUGAAGAAUUUAAAGAGGCCUUCAUGCUAUUCGACAGAACACCCACUGGUGAAAUGAAGAUCACUUACGCCCAGUGUGGUGAUGUCAUGAGGGCGUUGGGUCAGAAUCCUACAAAUGCUGAGGUCAUCAAAGUACUUGGCAAACCCAAACCUGAGGAAAUGAACACCAAACUGAUAGACUUCGAGACUUUCCUGGCUAUGUUCCAACACGUGUCCAAGUCCAAAGAUCAGGGCACGUUUGAGGACUUUGUUGAGGGCUUGCGAGUCUUUGACAAGGAAGGAAAUGGCACUGUAAUGGGUGCUGAACUUCGCCAGGUACUUGCAACGUUAGGUGAGAAGAUGACAGAAUCAGAGGUAGAACAUCUAAUGGCAGGACAGGAAGAUGCAAACGGCUGUAUCAACUAUGAAGCAUUUGUUAAACAUAUCAUGGCUGGGUAAAACAAUAAGGU